AUGUUCUACUCCGAGACCCUCCUGUCCAAGACCGGGCCGCUGGCUCGCGUCUGGCUCGCCGCCAACCUCGAGCGCAAGCUUUCCAAGAGCAACAUCCUCCAGUCCAACAUUGAGACCAGCGUCAGCGCUAUUGUCGACCAGGGCCAGGCCCCAAUGGCUCUCCGUCUCAGUGGCCAGCUUCUGCUCGGUGUCGUCCGGAUCUACAGCAGGAAGGCCCGCUAUCUCCUCGACGACUGCAACGAAGCCCUCAUGAAGAUCAAGCUGGCCUUCCGUCCGGGCAACGUAGAUCUUCCCGUCCAGGCCCAGUCCGUGAACCCCGCCUCUUUGACCCUUCCAGAUGUUUUGACCGAGCUCGACCUGUUGGCGCCCAUGCCUGAUCCUUCCCUGCUGCUGUCGCAAGAGCCAGAGAUCGAGACCGGCCGCCGCGACCCCACCCUCCUGGAUCUGCCUAGUCAGUAUCUCAUGGACACCCAGGAGCGCCAGGCCCAGGAGACUUUGCAGCUUGGCGACGACGACCUUUACCUGGAUAUCAGUGAGGGUCCCGAUCUUACCAUGGACCGCAGCAUUGAAGUUGGUCGUGACGCUCCUCUCCCUAGGCCCGCCUCUGAGGAGGUUGCCCCCAGCCCUAAGCCGCUUGAAGAUGACGGCCUUGAGCUCGAUCUAGGCGACGAUUCUGUUCUCCCCACCACCGAUCUUGGUCGCAGGCCGUCCAUUGGAGACGACGAUAUCGCUAUGGGCGGACUUGAUGAUGAGCCUGUCCCUGAGCAAGAGGAGCCCCGUGCCCCCACCCCUCUUGACGAAGAACAUGAUGUAGACCAGCGUCGCCGGGAGAGCGCGUCUCCCCUUUCCUCUGCCCGUUCUAGCGUUGCUCGCGAGCUUGAGGAAACGUUCCACUUUGACCAGGAGAAUACCAUCAUGGAGCCUGACGAGGAGCUUGCCACGGCUCCCCAGCGCGUCAAGAGGCGCAAGAUUCUCCAGGCCGACGCCGAUACCGAAUACUCGCAGUCCCAGUUCAAGGCUCAGAUGAACGACCACACCAAGAUCCUCAAGCAGCCGGAAUUCCUCCCUCGCGAUCCCAUGUUGCUCGCUCUCAUGAACAUGCAGAAAAAUGGCGGCUUCGUCUCCAGCAUCCUUGGCGGUGGAAUUAGCCAGGGCUGGGCCCCCGAGCUCCGGGGUAUCCUGUCGCUGGAGGUUGUUCGCCGCUCGGGCGAGCUGAAGCGCAAGCGCGGCGCUGCGGGCGCCACUGAGGAGCAGGAGCAAGAUGGACACGCUCCGCAGCUCGAGAUACCCGACGAGUCUGGCUUCGAUCUCAGCGCGGGAGCUGGCCUUGAUGCUGGCGGCGACACCACCUUGAACAUUGGCCAGGAGGAGGAACUCGGCCAUGUUCCGGCUCGCGAGCGUACCGCCUCAAUCGAACCGGUCCCCGAAGAUGACGAGCAGGCCAUGUCCCCUCUCCCUGGGGAUAACUUCGACGACACGACCGCGCCCUUGUUGCACCCCGAGGAUGCCGGCCCCAUCUCCGUCGGCACGCGUCACGCAGUGCACAUUCUCCGCGAGAAGUUCGGACCCGAGGCCGAGUCUUCGCCUGGAGCGCGUCAGAAGAGCAGCGUGCUCUUCCAGGACAUGCUUCCCGAGGCAACCACCACGAAGGCCGACGCAACUAAGAUGUUCUUCGAGUGCCUCGUGCUGGCGACCAAGGACGCCGUCAAGGUCGAGCAGAAGGCGGAUGAUCUUGGCGCUCCGAUCCGCCUGCGGGCGAAGCGUGCUUUGUGGGGCGACUGGGCUGAGAUGAGCGCCGGCGGCGAGAUUGCCAACCAGGGUCAGACGCAGGAAGUCGCUGCUGCUGCCUGA